CUGUGGCUGGGGUUCGAGGAGAGACCUCGGCGCCUACCUGGCUGCAGGAUGAAGCUGGCCACCAGCUCCUUGAUUCUGUGGCUGAGCCUGGGGGGUGGCCUGGCACAGAGCGACACCAGCCCUGACGCAGAGGAGUCCUAUUCCAACUGGGGCCUCCGGCACAUCCGGGGCAGCUUUGAGUCUGUCAACAGCUACUUCGAUUCCUUUCUGGAGCUGCUGGGAGGGAAGAACGGGGUAUGUCAGUACCGGUGCCGAUACGGAAAGGCACCAAUGCCCAGACCUCACUACAAGCCGCAGGAGCCCAAUGGCUGCAGCUCCUACUUCCUGGGUCUCAAGGUACCAGAAAGUAUGGACUUGGGCAUCCCAGCAAUGACCAAGUGCUGCAACCAGCUGGAUGCCUGUUAUGACACCUGCGGUGCCAACAAGUAUCGCUGUGAUGCAAAAUUCCGAUGGUGCCUCCACUCUAUCUGCUCUGACCUUAAGCGAAGUCUGGGCUUCGUCUCCAACGUGGCAACAUGUGAUUCCCUGGCUGAUACCGUGUUUAAUACUGUAUGGACUUUGGGCUGCCGACCCUUUAUGAAUAGUCAACGGGCAGCCUGCAUCUGCGCAGAAGAGGAGAAAGAGGAGUUAUAGGGAAGAGGUGUCUCCUUUUUGGUUUUGCGUUGACAUCAUGGCUGU